AUGUCCAUCCCAACUUCCACCUCUGUGGUUGAGUCCACUGUCAUCAAGGCUCCCCUUUCCGCCGUUUGGCACCACGUCAAGCUAGAGUCCUUCAGCACCUGGUACUCUGCCAUCUCCAAGAGCGACUACGUCAAGGGCGCCUCUCCCGACACCGACAUCGUCAAGUGGACCUUCAAGGACAACACCGUGUUGGAGGUCAAGCAGGAGGAGCACUCGUCGAUCAACCACUACAUCACCUACUCUAUCAUCUCUUCGCAGCCCGAGCUCUCCUAUUCUAGCGUUCUCUCCACCAUUCGUCUCUACCCAAUCACCAGCGGCGAGCUCGAGGGUUCCACCUUUGUGGAGUGGACUGGCAACUUCUCCAGCGAUGCCGAUGCUGGUGUCAUCCAGGAUGCCAAGUUCAAGCGUCGUGAGGCCCUCUCCGAUCUGGCCAAGGCUUCCAUGAAGAAGUAG